AGUUGGCAACACUGCCACUGUUUACACGAAUUUUGUUAAUAAAAAAAACAAUACGACACAGUAAUUUUGCAGCGCAAGUAAAUAAUAGGUAAACGUACAUUAGCUAGAACGAAAUGUAUAGCUCCAAUGUGUUCUAAUAAUAAACAGAGCAUACAAGUUUUGUACCACAAACUACAAAGUAUAGAAAAAGUAAUGACAUUAUUAUUCUAAUAAAAAUCGACACAACUCCGAAUCUACGCAAAUAAGGUGUAAUUCAGUUGAAAUCAGCUAAAGCUGGUGAGUUUGUUUGUGUGUAGCUAUCGUAUAAGCAAUAUUAAUAGCAGAGGCCAACAAUACAAACAGCAACAAACAUUUAAAACCCACGCAAAAAGCUUAUGACAUUCCAAUAAAGCAAACAGGCUAUAAAAACUUUCAAGAUCAAGUUCGCUCAUAAGGCGCGAACUUUGAAACUGUAACGAAAAAAGAGAGAGCGCGAGUGUGAGAGAACAAGAGAGUGAGAUCGCUGACACUUCAUAGUUGCUUUUUUUCAUUUGUUUGCCAAACGCUUGGCGGCAGCCGAAGAAUUCAGUUCCACACUGGAUCAGCUGCAGGAUAUGGAUAUUGAUGCUCCUUUGGCGCAUGGCAUCCAGGAGCACGACAACGACAGCGCAAAUCAUCACAACAUCGGUUCAUCGCACGUUUAUCACUCGGAAUCAUCAAUGAAUUUUGAUUAUUUGCAAGGCCUGCGUGCGGAUGCUGCAGCGGCAUCAACAUCCUCGGCCGCUUCUGCUUCCGGUGCCAGCGGCAGCAGCAACCACGCCUAUGGAGUUGUCGACGACAGUAAAGCACUGGACAGACCUUACAAUGUGAACGAGCGAUUUGUUACAAUACUCGAUCAAUUGGAUGCGCGUGUGGAGAAGUUCCGCAAGGAUGCGUUGAAUUUACAGGAGAAGAAAGACUACCUCUUAAUGUCCAUGGAUCUCAUCAAGAGCAACGAAAUGCUGCAAACCAUGAGCGAGGCCGAGCGAGAGGAGAUCAUGUUAUAUAUUCAGCGCGUUAGCUCACGUCUGGGCACUGUUGAGUUGAAUGUGCGUACUGUGAGAGACAAAUCCCAGGAGGAUUCACUAAGCCAGAUUAAUGCCUUGAUCGAUACCAUGAUCAAAAUGGGUGAUCCCGUUAUGUCCCGGCAACGGUGCCAGCUGUAUUUAAAUGCCUGCUGCACCAACACCAUGGACCCGAGUAACCAUUUAGGCACGGUUCUGGAGGCAGAUGCUGGGCCGAUCGAUAAGAAAUUCGAGAGUGCUUUACUUGGCUGCACCUUGGACGAUCAGAAGAAUAUUAAGAAGCGUUUACAAGCAUUGAUGGGCUAUCUAAAUAAGCAAACUGUUACCAAUUAAUUCAAGCUAGUUACAAUUAUCAAGCUACAUUAGACACAUUUAUAAUGAAUAUUAUGUUAUGAGCGAUGAGAAAACGAUAAACCAAAAUGAAAUUAAAAUAUUUAAUAACAAUUAUUACGCAAUUAAAGCAAAUCUAAAUAAUAAA